AUGGCCCGUUUGUUGCGCGGGGUGUGCGUGGUGGGCGCCCGAGGGAUGGUGCGGCAUCCUCAGCUGCGCGGCUCCAGGAGCAUCUCCUCGGGAGGAUGGGAGCCGCCGCCGUUCCCGGGCGAUCCCCCCGAGUGUGCUGAGUCGCGGCAGCGGUGGCGGCCGUCAGCCGUGGCCUGGGCUGCUGGCGCGGCGGCGGUGCUGGCCGGGCUGGGGUGGGCGCGGCGGGCGGAGAUGGCGCGGCAACCGAGUGAGGACGGGCGGGAAGACCUGGCGCGGCGCUUCGAGUGCUUCAUGGCUCCGCCGGUGAGCGGGAUGCGCGAGCUGCGGAGCCGGCGCGGGGAGAUGCGGAGCCGCAUGGAGCUGCUCAUCAUGGAGACGCAAGGCCAGGUGUGCCGCGCCUUGGCCCAGCUCGACCGCGGCGCCUCCUUCACGGUGGACCGCUGGGAGAGAAAGGAAGGUGGUGGAGGCAUCAGCUGUGUUCUUCAGGAUGGUGAAAUCUUUGAGAAGGCUGGAGUCAAUGUAUCUGUAGUGUUUGGCCAUCUUUCUGAAGAAGCUGCUCAACAGAUGAGAAGCAGGGGGAAAACUCUGAAGGCCAAGGAUGGAAAACUGCCCUUUUGUGCCAUGGGGGUAAGCUCCGUUAUUCACCCAAAGAACCCUUAUGUUCCCACUAUACACUUCAACUACAGAUACUUUGAAAUUGAGGAGGCAGAUGGUUCAAAACAGUGGUGGUUUGGUGGUGGAACAGACCUUACUCCAACAUACUUGAAUGAAGAAGAUGCUGUUCAUUUUCAUAAAACUCUGAAGGAAGCCUGUGACCAGCACGAUCCAGAACUAUACCCUAAAUUCAAGAAAUGGUGUGAUGACUAUUUCUACAUCAAGCACCGUGGAGAACGAAGAGGGAUUGGAGGCAUAUUUUUUGAUGAUCUGGACUGGCCCUCAAAAGAAGAGGCCUUUCAAUUUGUUCAGAGCUGCGCCAAAGCCAUUGUGCCUUGCUACAUUCCCAUUGUAAAGAAGCACUGUGACGACCCCUUCACACCAGAGGAAAAACUGUGGCAACAGAUUCGUAGAGGGAGGUAUGUGGAAUUCAAUCUGGUGUAUGACAGAGGCACAAAGUUUGGUCUUGCAACAUCAGGAUCAAGGAUUGAAAGCAUACUUAUGUCACUGCCACUCACUGCCAGAUGGGAAUAUAUGCACACGCCUCCAGAGAAUUCCAGGGAAGCGGAAAUUUUAGCAGUUUUGCGCCAGCCCCGAGACUGGGUUCAGUGACCAGCAACCUCCAUUGAGUGAUCAGCCAUGGGAAAGGAUAUGAAUUCCUGCUGGCUGUCAUUGUGCUGCAGUUAAUCUUUGUCUACUUGUUCUCUUAUCAUGUGUCUUAGAAAUAGUAAAUUAUUGUACAUAGUGUUCUCUUGAAAAGCCAGAAGCUGUUCCAGACACAUUGUCUUGUGAGAUUAACUUGACAUACACCUGUGUGAAGUGCAGGGAACAAAAGGGCUCACUGAGAUGCACUCAAAUUGUGAUCAGUGUGGAGUGAUAUUGGAUGCUCUGAGCUGUUAUGUUUUUUUCAGACCCCAAAAGGGAGCUGUUCUAGGGACCAUCUAUAAUUUACAAAAUGUUUCUUGCUUGCUUUAGUAGUUAUGUGUAUUGCUUGAUGGUGCUUAUUUGUUAAAUUCUAAUUUUGAAGAGAGUUUACUUGAUCUGCAUUGUUGACCUCUGCUGACUUGUUGGAUAUGUUCUACUCAAGGAAACCUCUGCCGCACAGAUAGUGCUGUGGAACUUGAGCAAAUGGCAUCAGCAUGUGGGUUUCUGCCCUUAAAUAAAACGUGAACUGUAAUAGCACAGCUCAGGGCCAGAAACCUGUGGAAUAGGAGCCACAUCAGCACUUCUCACAUUUUGCUACUUUCCAUUAGAAAAGGCAGCAGUUUUAGGUUCCAGUGUCCAACACCAUUGCUACAAUGAAUUAACAUAUAAACUGUGAGUACACAAGGGUUUGGUUUGUGCACACACAUGCUUGAUCUUAUAAACAUGCAGGUUUUGUAAACCACUGAAGUCUGGCGGAAAAUAUUUAGGUACUUUUACUCCAGCAUCUUCAAUGCAUGAUUUUUCAAAGUAGGAUAUCUAUCUGCCUUUGAGGCUUGAUAAUAGUGGGAACAAGUUGCUUCAGGAGCAGAAGCUUAAGAAGAUAUAAACAGGAAUAAGCAGUGAUAAUUUAAACCAGUUUCAAGGAUGUGUUUAAUUUGCUUUUAUCUUUUCCACAGCUAUAAAUAAAAUGGAAAAUUUGUACAUGCAGUUUUUAAAUGGCUCUUUUCCAAGGUCUGUCCUUCAUUAACACUAUUUACAAGAGUCUCAUUCCAAACCAAACAUUUUUAUUGUCAUUUUUAAAAAAUGCUGCAGAACUUUGAGGCCAUGAAAACACACUAAUUCUGGCUGGGUUGGCUAAACUUACUGAGAACAUGUGUGCUGGAUCUCUAUCUAGUGGGAAGCAACUUGUAAAGUGGAGUGUUUUGGGGGAUUUGUAGUACAAGGGCAAAAGAUACCUUUAACAUUACAAUUUAGGGUGCUGUAACCUCCUUUCAGGAUGAUUGAAUUAAUAUACUUAUUGGUUACAUCUUUUGACUUGAAUAGCUUGUUCCAAGCCUUGGAUUCUACAUAUUAUAGGAAUCACACAUGUCCACUGAUUCUUUAUUAUUUGAUACAAAAGUUUUACCUAGGGGAAGCAAAUACCAAGAUGAGUCAGAGGGUAAGAUGCACACUAACAGACAUGGUGUUGUAGGAGUGAUAUAUACUUUAAGGUUUCCCUAUUCUUUGGGAUUGGCAUAUGAAUGUCCUGUGUUCUACAAUAUUUUAAUGUACUUUUACAGUGCAUUAUAUCACUUUUGCUUGUGGACUUAGAGCAACAAUUGGUUUUAAAGUACCAUUAUAAAAGUAUUUGGGGGGGAGCAUUUCUGAAAAGGUCUCUCAUUUUCCCCAAAAUUGCCAUCUUUUUUCUGCUGCAGGUCUCAGAAAACAAAUGUGGGAGGGGAUUCCACUCCCCAUUUUUCUGGGCCUGCACAUCUCUUUUCUGAACUCUGCAAAAAAAACACCCCACCACCACCUUAUACCACAGAGCCAGCUGUGGUUAAAGAGCUGUGGACUCUAGUCUGGAGAACCAGGCUUGAUUCCCCACUUCUCCACAUGCAGACUGACCUUGGGCUAGUCACAGCUCUCAGAGCUGUUUCAGCCCCACCUACCUCACCAGGGUGUCUGUUAUGGGGAAAGGAAGGGAAGGUGAUUGUAAGCAGCUCUGAGCCUCCUUUAGGUAGUAAAGGGUGGGGUAUAAAAACCAACAGUUUGGUGUAGUGGUUAAAUGCACAGACUUUAAUCUGGGAGCACUGGGUUUGAUCCCCCACUCCACAUGCUGCUGCUGCUGCUGCAGUGAGCUUGGGUCAGUCUCAAGUUCUCAGCAGAGCUGUUCUCUCAAGAGCAGUCUCAGAGAGCUCUCUUAGCCCCACCUACCUCACAGCUGUUCUCUCAAGAGCAGUCCUCUGAAAGCUCUUUCAGCCUCACCUGCCACAUGGUGUCUGUUGCAGGGAAGGGAAAGAAGAUUGUAAGCCGCUCUGAGACUCCUUCGGGUAGUGAAGGGUGAGGUAUAAAUCCAAUCUCUUUAUCACAAAAUGCUCUUGCUUGAUGUAUUCUGUUUACUGACAGUUUGUGGAGCACUUCUGUGAAGCUGAAGCUGAAUAAAAUUGGUGGCACAAAUACAUCUGUGUAUUUUACUUCAGGCUGCAAGGAGCAAGCAUUUGACUAUCAUGGAAAAUAAGACCUUAAUUCUUAUGCUGUAAAUAAAAAGCCAUAUAAGCAUAAUAAGCAGCAGUAUUAUAGCUGUACAGUUUUGCUGUUUUAUAGACAAUUGUAAUAAAAAUACCUAUUUUAAUCUA